CUGUGAUUUCUUGUUCAGUUAAUUGCAGGACGUUAACCGUUCAACUUCUGUCUACUUUUAUAUCUUUAAGUGACUCGAUUUUAUUUUUAUUUAAUCAGAAAUGUCUGGUAUUUGCUGGCAACAUUGCAAUGGAGAAGGUCCAUUCCCAGAAAAGAUGGUUCGAGGUGGAGUCGAUGCUGACGGAUCAAUUAUCUACAUUGGACGUGCUUUCCAUAACGGUGAUAUGAUCCCAGCUAAAGUCAUUCCAGAUAAAAGUAUGGCAUACGUCUGUUAUGGUGGAGAAGAGAUUGAAAAGGACGAUUUUGAAAUUUUACGUACUGGAGAUUUUGUUUGGGAGUUCUGCACAAAUGGAAAUGUCCCAGAAGGAGCUGUUCGUUGUGGUCAGACUGCAGAUAAUGAAAUAUUGUAUGUAGGAAGAUGCUUGUAUUCAGGAACACAAACACCAGGCAAGGUUCAACCGUCACACAACUGUCUAUACAUCCCAUUCGAUGGUGCAGAAGUUCCAGUUACCGAUUACGAGGUCUUGUGCAUGAAAUAAACAACUUUUAAUCUUUCAAACCAGUUCCAUGCACAACAAUUCUAUCAACUCUUCCGGACUGAGUUUAAAGUACACGAACAAGCAAUUAAUCACUAUACAAAAUGUUAAGAACGGCAAAAAAUAGCCAAAUGUACUUGAUGACUUACGAAUUAUACUGUUUUGAUGACUAGUCACGCUGUUUUCACUUAAUUUUUACUCUAAACUGUUUAAUAA